AUGGCUGAGAACAAUUUCACUGAGAUGACUCUCUUCAUCCUCUCUGGAUUCACAAAUUGCCCUGAAAUACAAAUAAGCCUUUUCUUGAUGUUUCUCUUUAUUUAUUUCUUGAUGUUUCUCUUUAUUUAUCUGUUCACUGUUUUGGGGAACCUUGGACUAAUCAUGUUAAUCAGAAUUGACUCUCACCUUCACACACCUAUGUACUUUUUUCUUAGCAAUUUAGCAUUAUUUUAUUCCUCUACUGUAACACCCAAGGCACUGGUAAAUUUCCAAUCUGAUCAGAAAACCAUCUCCUUUGUUGGCUGCUUUGUUCAAAUGUACUUUUUUGUGGAUUUGGUGUGUAGUGAGUGUUUUUUUCUGGGAUCAAUGACCUAUGACCGCUAUGUAGCAAUCUGCAAUCCCUUAUUUUAUUCAAUGGUUAUGUCCCAGAAAGUGUGUAACUGGCUGGGUGUAAUGCUAUAUACAAUAGGCUUCACAAAUUCUCUGAUAUCCACCUGUGUGAUAAGCAGUUUGUCAUUCUGUGACUCCAGCAUCAAUCAUUUUUUCUGUGACACCACAGCUCUUUUGGCCCUGUCCUGUGUAGAUGCAUUCAGCACAGAAAUGGUGAUCUUUGUUUUCGCUGGGUUCACUCUUCUUAGUUCUCUCCUCAUCAUCACAGUUGCUUACAUUGCCAUCGUCUCAGCCAUCCUGAGGAUCUCGUCUGCAGCAGGCAGACAGAAGGCCUUUUCCACCUGUGUAUCCCAUCUCAUGGGUGUAACUGUCUUCUAUGGGUCCCUGAUUUUUACAUAUUUGCAGCCUGAUAACACAUCCUCCCUGAGCCAGGCACAGGUGGCAUCUGUCUUCUAUACCAUUGUCAUUCCAAUACUGAAUCCACUGAUCUAUAGUCUGAGGAACAAAGAUGUAAAAGAUGCUCUCCUGCGAGUCAUACACAGAAAACCUUUUCCAUGA